GGGUAUUCUCAAGGAAAUCCCAAUCUCUAUUCUUAAGAGUCUUCCCUAAAAGAUGGCCCUGAUCAGGAAGACAUUUUAUUUUCUAUUUGCUGUGUUCUUCAUUUUGGUUCAACUGCCAUCAGGGUGCCAGGCAGGACUUGAUUUUUCCCAACCAUUUCCAUCAGGUGAGUUUGCUGUCUGUGAGUCGUGCAAGCUCCGUCGGGGAAAAUGCAGGAAGGAGUGCUUGGAGAAUGAGAAGCCCGAUGGAAAUUGCAGGCUGAACUUUCUCUGCUGCAGACAGAGGAUCUGACAAACCAGACCAGCACACUUCUGGCCUUAGAAGCAGACCUGG